CUUUGGGUCGGCAACGAAUUCUCAAUGGCCCGUGAAGUUAACUACGGCAACUCCUCUUUAAUCUUAGUAAUAAGAGAGAAAUGGAAUGGGUUUAGUAUGCGAGAAGUAGUUACAAUGCUUUCCUGGCAGGAGUCGGGAUAAUUAGUCAAGGUCAAGGUCCGCUCCCGGCCGAAUAAGUCGGCGCCGUGGUUCAAUCGGCCGAGUAGACACAACAACAGGCCUACCCACGAUCGAGAUUACGAGCUAUAAAGUAAGUCAUUUCUAGGUAUUGAGUCCAGAUGCAAGGUCUCAACUUGCUGUAUAAUGCCUUGCUGCGAGGUUCAUUCAUCCGCAGCUUUGUCAUUGUCACGUUCUUGAACGACCCCUGAAGCCUCACUUACACCAACUCACAAUGCAUAUCCUCCUCCUAAGUUCUUCAAACCACAACAGCACUCGCAUUAUCCAAUCUGCUCUAUCUCGAAACUUCACUAUCACAUUCCUUACUCCCCAGACUUCAUACAUUCCUCAUCAUGCAAAUGUCACUCUUGCCACCGGCCUACCCGCAUCGCAACACGACCUCGAAACAGCAUUGCAGACACCAAAACCCCCUGAAGCCGUCAUACUCGCUUUCUACAACGCCCAUGUUCUCGAAGCCGUCACUCACACUCUGAUAAGGGCUCUAAAAGCCGUUCAUAUUGCUAAACUAAACGAAGAAAAGGAUUCUGCAGCAAUGCCUCUUCGUCUUGUGUUCAUUCAGAGCAACGCGAUGCAGUUAGGGGCAGAUGGAUGCAAUAGGAUUGAUAAAAUAGUGCGAGAAAGUGGUUUGCCUUUUGAUCUCGCUCAGUGCCCUCGUCUAGCUGGGGAACUCUCUUGUACCGUCCGGACUUCGCCUGAAGAAGGGCGUGUUGCUACUUGGUUGGCUAAUGUCAAGAAAGCGAGGAUGGCUCAUUUAGUGGUAGAUAAAGCACAGGAGAACCGGUCGAAUGGAAGAGAAGAAUCUGGAGCAGGGGAGGUCAAACUGGGGUGACAGAAAUCGCAACGUUUAAGCUGUGU